AUGGCAUCAUCAUCAGCUCUGCCCACCCAUCACCGGGCCCUCGUCCUCGAAACCCUCGAAGGAGGGUUCUCGGUGAAGACCGUGCCAACUCCGCAACCCGGCCCCGGUAGCGCUGUCGUACGCAUCCUCGAAGCCGGAGUGAUCUCGUACCAUCGCGAGAUCUACAAUGGGGAGCGACACUAUGAUUUCCCCAAGCCCAUCGUCGGGGGAUUGAGUGCCAUUGCCCGCAUCGCCGCUGUAGGUGAAGAUGCCGUGGUCUUGGAACCUGGACAACUCGUCUGGAUGGACUGUGUGAUCCACGCACGAGACAACCCGGACUCGCUCUUUCUCACGGCCAUCCAUGAGGGUAUGGACGAGGGGAGUCACAAACUGAGCAACGAUGUCUGGCGUGACGGGGCGUUCGCCGAGUAUAUGAAGGUUCCACUGGAGAAUUGUAUCCGGCUAGAUGAAAACCGGCUGUGUCGGGAGCUGGGAUACACCAUUCGCGAGUUGAUGUACAUGAUGUACUUGUUGGUGCCGUUCGGCGGGCUUCGAGACAUCCGCCUCGAGCCCGGUGAGACGAUCGUGGUGUGUCCAGCGACCGGAGGGUUUGGUGGUGCGGGCGUUCAAGUCGCCGUCACAAUGGGGGCGAGGGUCAUUGCCAUGGGGAGGAAUGAAAAGGAGCUGGCCAGGUUGAAGGAGCAUGUCAAGAAAGGGACGCCGGGCGCAGCCGCCAAUAUCGAGACUGUCAAGAUGACAGGCAACUAUGAGACCGAUGUCGCCGCACUGCAGGCUCUCGGGACCAUCGAUGCCGUCAUCGACUUGACACCUCCAUUUGCAUGCAAGUCGAAGCACCUGAAGAGUGCGAUUCGCUCGUUGCGUCGGCAGGGCCGGUGCAGCAUGAUGGGCUAUGUCGAAGAUGUGAUCAAUUGGAAUGUCAUGGCCCUGAACAUUACGUUGAAGGGGAAGCUGAUGUAUGAGAGGGAUGACAUGGUGCUGUUUGUGAAGAUGUUGGAGCGAGGCUUGUUUCCGAGGGGAAAGGAUCUCGUCGAUCCCAAGGUGUUUAAGAUGGAGCAGUGGAAGGAAGCGCUUGACGCGGCGGCGGAGUGGACAGGGAUUGGUAGGACAGUCAUGAUUGAGCCGUGA